GGGAGGGCGCAGCCGCGUCCCCUCGCCGAUCGGGGCCGGGCAGCACCUCUCCGGUCUCGGACCCGCGGACGCGGCCGACGAUCACCACCCGCGACCGACAAGCACGUGCCGGGGCGGGCCGGGGGCCGGGCUCCGGGCCCGCAGCGGGGCCGUGCCUCCCCCGGACGCGCAGGGGCCGCCUGGGGCCGCGCGGCUCCCGGCUGAGUCAGCGGCGAUCGGCGCGGAGGGAAGGGGUGGGGAGCGCGCCGCCGGCCGGUCGGACGCUCCGGAGAUCGGGCCGCAGGUGGCGGUGACCGAGGCCCUGCCCGGCGCUUGGGGACCAGAUGCGGAGCCCCGCGGGGGGCGCGGGCCGGACGCGGGACGGCUGCUGACUCGCCCGGAGGAGGAGGAGGCGCGGAGCGCGCGGUGGUCUCUGCGCCCUGGCUUCUCGGCGGCUCCGGGCACCGCAAGAUAAGCUCUACCAUGAAGGCCCCUACUGUGCUUGCACGUGGCAUCCUUGUGCUUCUGGUCACCUUGGUGCGGAAGAGUGAUGGGGAGUGCCAGGAGGCCCUGGCGAAGUCGGAGAUGAAUGUGAACAUGAAGUAUCAGCUUCCCAACUUCACCGCGGAGACGCCCAUCCAGAACGUCGCUCUACACAAGAAUCACAUUUACCUCGGUACCAUUAACCACAUUUACGUUUUAAACGACAGAGACCUGCAGAAGGUGGCUGAGUACCAGACGGGGCCGGUGCUGGAGCACCCGGGUUGUUUCCCGUGUCAGGAUUGCAGCCACCAAGCCAACGCUUCUGGUGGCGUCUGGAAAGAUAACGUCAACAUGGCUCUGCUGGUGGACACGUACUAUGAUGACCAGCUCAUUAGCUGUGGCAGCGUUCGCAGGGGGACCUGCCAGCGACACGUCCUUCCUGCCUUGGAUCCUGCGGACAUCCAGUCCGAGGUGCACUGCAUGUACUCCCCACAGGCAGACGAAGAGCCCAGCCAGUGUCCCGACUGUGUGGUGAGUGCCCUGGGAACCAAGGUCCUGAUGUCUGUGAAGCAGCGGUUCAUCAACUUCUUCGUGGGCAAUACCAUCAGCGCUUCCUACCCUCCAGAUUAUUCCCUGCAUUCGAUAUCGGUGAGAAGGCUAAAGGAAACUCAAGAUGGUUUUAAGUUUCUGACAGACCAGUCCUAUAUUGAUGUUCUACCUGAGUUCCGAGACUCUUACCCCAUCAAGUAUGUCCACGCCUUUGAAAGCAACGAUUUCAUUUACUUUUUGACAGUCCAACGGGAAACUCUCAAUGCCCAGUCUUUCCACACAAGAAUAAUCAGGUUCUGUUCUGUAGACUCUGGAUUGCAUUCCUACAUGGAAAUGCCUCUGGAGUGUAUACUCACCGAAAAGAGAAGAAAGCGAUCCCCAAGGGAGGAGGUGUUUAAUAUUCUUCAAGCUGCAUAUGUCAGUAAGCCUGGGGCCCAUCUCGCACGGCAGAUAGGCGCCAACCCGAAUGAUGACAUUCUCUAUGGAGUGUUUGCCCAGAGCAAGCCAGAUUCUGCCGAGCCGAUGAACCGCUCUGCCGUCUGUGCAUUCCCUAUCAAGUAUGUCAAUGAAUUCUUCAACAAGAUCGUCAACAAAAACAAUGUGAGAUGUCUUCAGCAUUUUUAUGGACCCAACCACGAACACUGCUUUAAUAGGACCCUUCUGAGAAAUUCAUCCGGCUGUGAAGUGCACAGUGACGAGUAUCGCACAGAGUUUACUACCGCUUUGCAGCGCGUCGACUUAUUCAUGGGCCAGUUCAACCAUGUCCUCUUAACGUCCAUAUCCACCUUCAUUAAAGGGGAGCUCACCAUCGCCAACCUGGGGACCUCAGAAGGCCGCUUCAUGCAGGUUGUAGUUUCUCGAUCGGGAUCGUCAACACCUCAUGUGAAUUUUCUCCUGGAUUCCCACCCCAUGUCUCCAGAAAUGAUUGUCAAGGACCCCUUAAACCAAAAUGGCUACACACUGGUUGUCACCGGGAAGAAGAUCACCAAGAUCCCGCUGGACGGCCUGGGCUGUGAGCACUUCCAGUCCUGCAGCCAGUGCCUCUCGGCCCCGCCCUUUGUGCAGUGUGGCUGGUGCCACGACAGAUGUGCGCGAUCGGAGGAAUGCGCCGCUGGCACAUGGACCCAAGACCUCUGUCAUCCCACCGUCUAUGAGGUGUUCCCAACUAGUGCGCCUCUGGAAGGAGGGACCACGCUGACCAUCUGUGGCUGGGACUUCGGAUUCAGGAAGAACAGUAAAUUUGAUGUGAAGAAAACCAGGAUUCUCCUUGGAAAUGAGAGCUGUACCUUGGCCCUAAGUGAGAGUACAACCAAUAUGUUAAAAUGCACAGUUGGUCCUGCAAUGAAUGAGCAUUUCAAUAUGUCCAUAAUUAUUUCAAAUGGUCGAGGGACAGUGCAAUACAGUACAUUUGCUUACGUGGAUCCUAUAAUAACAAGUAUUUCCCCAAGUUAUGGUCCUAAGACUGGUGGCACUUUACUUACUUUAACUGGAAAAUACCUUAACAGUGGGAAUUCUAGACACGUUUCAAUUGGUGGAAAAACCUGUACUUUAAAAAGAGUGUCAGAGACCAUUCUGGAAUGUUAUACCCCAGCCCAAAACUCUCCAACUGAGUUUCCUAUUAAGUUGAAAAUUGACCUGGCCAACAAAGAGAUUGACAGCUUCAGUUACCAGGAAGAUCCCAUUGUCUAUAAAAUUCACCCAACAAAAUCUUUUGUUAGUGGCGGGAGCACCAUCACAGGGGUUGGGAAAAACCUGAAUUCAGUCAGUGUCCUGAGGAUGGUAAUCCAUGUGCGUGAAGCAGGACGGAACUUCACGGUGGCAUGUCAACAUCGCUCUAAUUCCGAGAUAAUCUGCUGUACAACUCCUUCACUACAACAGCUGAAUCUGCAACUCCCCCUGAAAACUAAAGCCUUUUUCAUGUUAGAUGGGAUUCAUUCCAAAUACUUCGAUCUCAUUUAUGUACAUAAUCCUGUCUUUAAGCCUUUUGAAAGGCCAGUGAUGAUCUCAAUAGGCAAUGAAAAUGUACUGGAAAUUAAGGGCAAUGACAUUGACCCUGAAGCUGUGCAAGGUGAAGUGUUAAAAGUUGGUAAUAAGAGCUGUGAGAACAUCCACUCUCAUUCUGAAGCUGUUUUAUGCACGGUCCCCAAUGACCUGCUGAAGCUGAACAGCGAGCUAAAUAUAGAGUGGAAGCAAGCAGUUUCUUCAACUGUCCUUGGAAAAGUGAUCGUCCAACCAGAUCAGAAUUUCACGGGAUUGAUUGUUGGUGGUGUCACAAUAUCAACAAUACUCUUAUUAUUACUUGGGCUUUUCCUGUGGCUGAAAAGGAGGAAGCACAUUAAAGAUCUGGACAGUGAUUUAGUUCGCUAUGAUCCAAGAGUACACACUCCUCAUUUGGAUAGGCUUGUAAGUGCCAGAAGUGUGAGCCCAACUACGGAAAUGGUUUCAAAUGAAUCUGUAGACUACCGAGCUACUUUUCCGGAAGAUCACUAUCCUAACUCAUCUCAGAACGGAUCAUGCAGACAAGUGCAAUAUCCUCUGAUGGACCUGUCCCCCAUCCUAACCGGUGGGAACUCUGAUAUAUCCAGUCCAUUACUGCAAGAUGCUGUGCACAUUGACCUCAGCGCUCUAAAUCCAGAGCUGGUCCAGGCCGUCCAGCACGUAGUGAUCGGGCCCAGCAACCUGAUUGUGCAUUUCAAUGAAGUCAUAGGAAGGGGACAUUUUGGGUGUGUAUAUCAUGGGACUUUGUUGGACAGCAAUGACAAGAAAAUCCAUUGUGCUGUGAAAUCCUUGAAUAGGAUCACUGACAUAGGAGAAGUGUCCCAGUUUCUGACUGAGGGGAUCAUCAUGAAAGACUUCAGCCAUCCCAACGUGCUGUCACUCUUGGGAAUCUGCCUUCGAAGUGAGGGGUCUCCGCUGGUGGUCCUGCCGUACAUGAAACACGGAGAUCUCCGAAACUUCAUCAGAAAUGAGACGCAUAACCCAACCGUAAAAGAUCUUAUUGGCUUUGGUCUUCAAGUAGCCAAAGGCAUGAAAUACCUCGCAAGCAAAAAGUUUGUCCACAGGGACUUGGCUGCAAGGAACUGUAUGCUAGAUGAAAAAUUCACUGUCAAGGUUGCCGAUUUUGGUCUUGCCAGAGACAUGUAUGAUAAAGAAUACUACAGUGUCCACAACAAGACAGGUGCCAAACUGCCAGUGAAGUGGAUGGCCUUAGAAAGUCUACAGACUCAGAAGUUCACCACCAAGUCAGACGUGUGGUCCUUCGGUGUGCUCCUCUGGGAACUGAUGACAAGGGGGGCACCUCCCUAUCCUGAUGUCAACACCUUCGAUAUAACGGUUUACUUGCUGCAAGGCAGAAGGCUCUUACAACCCGAAUACUGCCCCGAUGCCUUGUAUGAAGUGAUGCUAAAGUGCUGGCAUCCCAAAGCUGAAAUGCGCCCGACCUUUUCUGAACUGGUCUCCAGGAUAUCGGCCAUCUUCUCUACGUUCAUCGGGGAGCACUAUGUUCAUGUGAACGCUACUUACGUGAAUAUCAAAAGUGUUUCUCCAUACCCUCCCCUGUUGUCAUCUCAAGAUAAAGUUGAUGGUGAGGGAGGCACCUGAUAGAUGAAUACGCCAUCAGCCCCCUUCUGAUAAACAUCAUAGAACUGUUCAAGCAACAGUCCACACCAUGACCAAUGUUUUUUUCACUGCCUGCUCAUUGAAAGGCCACCCGAUAUUGUUUGCUUUUGCCAAAAUUGUGCUACUCUAGGACCUUCUAUUGUGCUCUUAAAUGACUGGAUUCUGAGGAAUUUGUCACCUGACAAAGCAUCAGAGCCAGAAGCUUGGUCCCAUAGGCCAGUGACCAAGGGCAACCCUGCAGCUUUGAUGAUGCUCCUGUUGCAUUCAGGCCAAAGCCUGAAUUCUAGGUUGGAAUUUUAAAAAUCAGGAUCUGACCUGAUUUCAUAUGGGGAAUGGAGGCGAUCGGUUUUGAGGCCUUCUGGAUCACUGAAAAUUCAGAAGUGGAGAUGCCCAGGUAGCUGGGGACAGGCCACUCAUUUAAAAUUUCAAAGAGAGUUCAUGUGUUAUAUAGUCACUGACAUGUGUUAUUAUUGAUGUUGGGCAAACAUUCCCUUCUACAUUUUUGAUACACAUUCCUUUUGUUGAAGAAAUGUCCAUAAGCAAUGCAGGACACAAAAUGUAUUGUAUAUUUUGUGGGACCAUUCUGUAUUGUAUAUACAUACAUAGUUGAUGGCAUUAAGAAGGUUUUCAUAAAAUUGUUUAAUAUUAAUGAAAUAUUUGUUAUUUAAAAAUCAGCUGCUUUAAAAAAAUCAACUGUUUGAAAAUGAUACUGUUCUGAUGGAAUGAAUGUAGACAUUUAGAUGUUUUGCCUGUGAUUUUUUUUUAAUGCCAACUGGAAGUAAAGGAAGUACUUUGUGAUAACUUAGCAUGUUUUUAAAGCAAGAUACAUCUGUCUAAAAGGUUUAUUGGUUCCAAUCUGCCUCAUAUCUAAGGCAAAAAAUGACCAAUGGACUGGAAAUAUUAGCCUCGUUUUCAAGUGGCAGCUUCUAUCCCACAAACACAUAGACACAAUAAAACUUUGGGGAAGUCCAGUUUUUGCAUUAGGACAUGUUCUGUGUUAAGCAAAGAGUAUUUUAGG